CCUGGGAACUGCUUGUGCAUCUAUUUUCAGUCUAUAGCAGUUAGCUGGAUGUUUUUAAACUGGCCCCAGAACUGCUGCUUGGGUAAUUAUAUAGACUACUGCCAAGGACAACAGGUGUUCUUAGCAAAGUGGAGGGCACAAGUAGGCGUGAAUGAGGUCUGUCCCUGCCCUACACUAAAAGAGCCUCCAUUAAUUGGUCCCAGUGUACAGUAUGUCCCACCUCUCACACCUUUUAGGUAGCAUAACCCGACACCCACUCAACUAGUUCUCUUAUUUAUUGGGGUGCAGUCACGUGUUCUACUUUUGACCAGGAUAGGAGCACUGGGCAGCAGAAGUUCUGCUCGCACCUCCACACAGGCACCUCAGACGAGUGGAGUCUGGCCUCUUCCUCCACGGUCAUACAAGUACACACUGAGCGGGUGUUCUCCUCUAAAGCACGGACAGGAUUUUUAGAUUACAACCUAAAGCACAGGCACGUAACUUCUAAUAUUAGGGGUUAGAGGGAUAAGUGUAAAAGAUGGCGACUGUUGUUGAGACACAGGUGCAGUAUAACACCUACACAAUGACUACUACGGAAGACUACAUGACUCAGGAGGAUGACUGGGACAGGGACCUUCUGCUGGACCCUGCCUGGGAGAAACAGCAGAGGAAGACGUUCACAGCGUGGUGUAACUCUCAUCUGCGUAAAGCGGGAACUCAGAUCGAGAACAUUGAAGAGGAUUUCAGGAAUGGACUCAAACUCAUGCUGCUGCUCGAGGUCAUUUCAGGUGAGAGACUUCCCAAGCCUGACAAAGGAAAGAUGCGUUUCCACAAGAUCGCCAACGUUAACAAGGCUCUGGAUUUCAUCUGUAGCAAAGGAGUCAAACUGGUGUCCAUCGGAGCUGAAGAGAUUGUUGAUGGCAACGUGAAAAUGACUCUUGGAAUGAUCUGGACCAUCAUUCUCCGUUUCGCUAUCCAGGACAUUUCUGUGGAGGAGACUUCUGCUAAAGAGGGUCUGCUGCUGUGGUGUCAGAGGAAGACCGCCCCCUACAGGAACGUCAACGUACAGAACUUCCACAUCAGCUGGAAGGACGGCCUCGCUCUGUGCGCCCUCAUCCACAGACACAGACCAGACCUCAUCGACUACUCUAAACUCAGAAAGGACGACCCUAUUGGAAACCUGAACACUGCGUUUGAGGUGGCAGAGAAAUACCUGGACAUCCCGAAAAUGCUUGACGCCGAAGACAUUGUUAACACCCCUAAACCUGAUGAGAAAGCCAUCAUGACCUAUGUGUCCUGCUUUUACCAUGCUUUUGCUGGUGCCGAACAGGCCGAGACGGCUGCUAACAGAAUCUGUAAGGUUCUGGCUGUGAACCAGGAGAACGAAAGGCUGAUGGAAGAGUACGAGAAACUGGCCAGUGAGUUGUUGGAAUGGAUCCGUCGUACCAUCCCAUGGCUGGAGAACCGCGUGGCGGAGCAGACCAUGCGUGCCAUGCAGCAGAAGCUGGAGGACUUCCGGGACUACAGGCGCGUCCACAAGCCUCCACGUGUUCAGGAGAAAUGCCAGCUGGAGAUCAACUUCAACACCCUGCAGACGAAACUCCGCUUGAGCAACCGCCCGGCAUUCAUGCCCUCCGAAGGGAAGAUGGUGUCGGACAUCGCUAACGCAUGGAAAGGUCUAGAGCAGGUAGAGAAGGGUUAUGAGGAAUGGCUCCUCACCGAGAUCCGUCGUCUGGAGAGACUCGAUCAUCUGGCGGAGAAGUUCAAGCAGAAAUGCUCCCUGCAUGAGUCCUGGACCACAGGAAAGGAGCACCUGCUGUCUCAGAAGGACUAUGAGACAGCCUCUCUGAUGGAGAUCAGGGCUCUCAUGAGGAAGCAUGAGGCGUUUGAGAGCGACCUGGCCGCCCACCAGGACAGAGUGGAGCAGAUUGCAGCCAUCGCUCAAGAGCUGAAUGAGUUAGACUAUCAUGAUGCCGCUACAGUGAACGCUCGCUGCCAGGGCAUCUGUGACCAGUGGGACAACUUGGGAACCCUCACCCAGAAGAGAAGGGACGCUCUAGAGCGUGUAGAAAAACUUUGGGAGACUAUUGAUCAGCUGUACCUGGAGUUCGCCAAGAGGGCGGCGCCCUUCAACAACUGGAUGGAUGGAGCCAUGGAGGAUCUACAGGAUAUGUUCAUUGUGCACAGCAUUGAGGAAAUCCAGAGUCUGAUCACAGCUCAUGAUCAGUUCAAGGCCACCCUGCCAGAAGCCGACAAGGAGCGCAUGGCCAUCAUGGGCAUCCAGAACGAGAUCACAAAGAUCGCUCAGACCUACGGCAUCAAGCUGGUCGGAGUCAAUCCAUACACUGUCCUCAGCCCACAGGACAUCACCAACAAAUGGGAUGCUGUGAAGCAGCUGGUUCCCCUUAGAGACCAGAUGCUACAGGAGGAGGUUGCCAGGCAACAGGCCAAUGAGAGACUGAGGCGUUCAUUUGCUGCUCAGGCCAACAUCAUCGGACCCUGGAUUCAGACCAAAAUGGAGGAGAUCGGUCAUGUGUCGGUGGAUAUCGCCGGCUCUCUGGAGGAACAGAUGAAUAAUCUGAAGCAAUAUGAGCAGAACAUCAUUAACUACAAAUCCAACAUUGACAAACUGGAGGGAGAUCACCAGCUCAUUCAGGAGGCCCUCAUCUUCGACAACAAACACACCAACUACACCAUGGAGCACAUCCGUGUGGGAUGGGAGCAGCUGCUCACCACCAUCGCUCGCACCAUCAACGAGGUGGAGAACCAGAUCCUGACCCGCGAUGCCAAGGGCAUCAGCCAGGAGCAGCUCAACGAGUUCAGAGCCUCCUUCAACCACUUCGACAGGAAGAGAAACGGCAUGAUGGACCCCGACGAUUUCCGUGCAUGUCUGAUCUCUAUGGGUUACGAUCUGGGUGAGGUGGAGUUCGCCCGCAUCAUGACCCUGGUGGACCCCAACAACACGGGCGUGGUCACCUUCCAGGCCUUCAUCGACUUCAUGACACGCGAGACCGCUGAAACCGACACUGCUGAACAGGUCAUGGCCUCCUUCAAGAUCCUGGCCUCCGACAAGCCCUACAUCACUGUGGAAGAGCUUCGUCGUGAACUCCCACCCGAGCAGGCCGAGUACUGUAUCAGCCGCAUGACCAAGUACGUCGGCCCCGAAGGGGCACCUGGAGCCCUGGAUUACAUCUCCUUCUCCAGCGCCCUCUACGGAGAGAGCGAUUUAUAAAUGCUCUUUCUUUUUCUUCUUCUUUCCUCUCAUCUUUCUCUCUCCUCUCGUUGCCCAAAUGUAGCUUUCAAUUUGCGAGAGUUAAUAAUAUCCCUCGUUUCCCCUCAUAAAUAUUCUCUGUUAUUCUGUCUACAGCCCACACUGCUAGCUUUAAUGUCAUGUAUCUUACAUCCACCCUAUAAACAGAGGGAUGUGUUUUUUAGUCUCGCCGUCACUCAAAUUUAUGUAUAAUUUGGAGGUCUCCAAAAACCCUCCCAUAUGCAUCUCAUAUGAGUCAACAUGGAAUCAAAAAUGGCCCUAUUUACCUUUCUAAUUCACGUUCAUGGUCUUAGUACAUGCCACACUAAAGAAUGUCUUCAUAAUCUUUCAUCAAAAUAUAACUUGCCUCUGAAACGACUUUGUUUCAGAUGAUGUCAUCUAGGCCAGCAAUUAAUUGACAAAUAGCUAUUUAGCCAUUUUUUAGGCUUGUAGGUAAUGCACAUAAAUGCAGUCUUGCUAAAGUCUUGCCAAUAGUCAAUGCACACUCUGGAUUUAUUCUGGAUAUGAAACACUUUUCACCAUCCUGAUGGAUAAAAUCAAGUCUCGCCCUACAUUAUAAAAGUAAAAUGGGUUGUGAAUGCAUUUCAUGUUGACUUUAGCACACUAGGCCCAACCUUCCCUCUCUGUGCCUAAAAAAAAACCUUCCAACAUGAAAAAAGAUAUAUUAAAAAGUGUUUGUUGAUGCUAAUGAGCGCUUGUGAAGAUGCAUGCUGCGUUUAUUCUACAUACAUUAAUAUGCGAAAGAGCCCCCCCUUCUUGUUAGGUCUGUACUGUAUUUUUAAGACCCCAAAAAGCACUACUGCUGUCCAGUGUCUUCUUAAUAUGAAACUGUGAGAACAACUGAAUAGUCUCUACACAGAACGUCGUGUCUCUCUGUAUGUUGUGUUGUCAUGUGUCACCCCUUAAUAUUGUUUAUGAUGCAAGUCUUCACUGAUUGUGAUGUUCAGAGGCAAAUUCAUAAUUUGUUUUCUUUUAUUUGGAGAGUAUGUGCCAAAUUAUCAACCAAAGCCAGUAAAUGAACUUAAAGAUGUUAUGGCAAAGUGUAUGUGUUGUACUGAACGGAAAGGUUUCUGCUAGCCAAAGUGCUGAACUAGAACCAGGUUUGCCUUAAAAACACUGGAAAGACAUUGAAAUCCAGGGCCGUGCAAGAUGGAUUCAUUACUAAAUAAAAGCCUGGAUAUCGUUACAGUUAACCACCCCUCUGUCUGAAUUUUAAGAGUCUUAUAUACACACACCUGUAAUUUAAAGAGAUAGACCACUCAAAAAUAAAGUUCUGUCAUCAUUUACUCGCCCUCAUGUCGUUCCAAACCUGUACGACAUUUUGUAUGUUUGGAGAAGGAAACCAGGGUCUGUCAUGAAGUCCGUGCUACUCCAGGUUUUCUGAUGAUAUAUGUCAGCUUGUAAAAACAGGCAUUAAUAUUAGUUUAAAGACCCGUUCACACCAAAAACGAUAACUAUAUUAGCUUUCACACACCAACAGACGAUAACGUUCUGCUUAUUGUAAGCGCGCGCUGCCUUUAUGUCUUCUGCCGCUUUAAAUGCUCGCGCUCUUUUACGCCGGCUGGAUUCUGAUUGGCUGUCAAUGUUUUUAUUUUCAUCAGCUGGAAAAAUUCGUUCUGAAAAACAAAAAUCCACUGAUACCGUAUCUCUGUGUCGUUGGCAUUAUAAUUGUGGUGGGGAUAUUCUCAUAGAAGUAUAACGGUUAUAGUUAUAGCUGUCGUCCUUGGUGUGAAGGUGCCUCAAGACGAGAAGUAAGCCUUCUGUAUAUUCUGGUUUUAAACGCGAGUAAAUGAUGACGGUUUUUCGUUUUAGAGUGAACUAUUCCUUUAAGAGCACAGUGUCGUAAAUAGAAAUGGUGUCCGGUUCUUUUGAAGGGAAGUUUUUGGAAUGUUCUGGAAGUUUUGAAAGGAGAUGGAAGGAUUUAAUGCCUUCAUCCUCAGGCAGGCCUUGACGUUACUUAAGGAUUUGGUUUAGUUUCUAUUGGCGAUAUUCAAAUAAUUUCAUUUACAGAUGUUGUUUCUAUCCAUCAUGAUGUGAUUUCUGGGUAAAUGUAGACUUUCACUUCAAAUCACUUCAUUGUGAUCAUCUCUCUGUCUUCUAUGGGUCUCCAUCCACCUUUGCUUUUCAAACACACAGUAUUAAAAGUAACCCCAGAAUAAAACAUCUCAAAUUCUAUCUGUA